CAUUCGUGUAUCGCUAGCCAAAUCCCGUUCUUGCACCACCAUGUCUUCUCAGAAGUUCCUUGUUCUUGUCGACAAGUCCGCCACUCAAGAGCAAAUGGAUCAGACAGCUGCUGACAUCGAGUCUAAAGGUGGUCGGAUUCUUGAUUCUUGGACAAGCGCUCUGAAAGGCUUCUCUGUGGUGAUAGACACUGCGGAUCUCACCCGCUUUCAGAGCCUGCAGGGGACCAACAACUUCAUCAGCACCAUCGAACCUGAUGGCGAAGUUCAUGUCAACUAGUCCGAGACAUCGAUAUCCCUGCACAACAGUGCACAAGACCGUGUACCAGUACGAUAAGGUUCUCUGAUGUAUGUCGAAAUAUGCAAAUCAUAUUGUA